AAAUCCGAGCAAACAGGUUAUCACAACCAAGAUCUUGGUCGCAAAAGUACGCGAUACACCUUUAGUCGCCGAAUGACGCAAACCACAGUGUACGGUACCAACUAUUUGUCAUGCACAACACCUGCUGUGUACAACACCAAACGACACCCGCCAUGAACCCCCAAAAACCCCCCAGAAGCUGGGACCCGCGCAGGAGACGCACCCGGAAAGCGCGCCACGCCCCCAAUCUCCGCAUCCGGAACAAGCAAACACCACCAACAGGUCCCACCGACGCACCACACCACACGCCUGCCACAACGCAACCCAGCGCCGCGGCCCGCGCCCCCUAAACCAUGGCCGCCCCAGCCCUGGCCGCAACCCACGCCUUCGACGCGCUCAAAGCCCGCAUCAUCAGCCUCGCGACCGCCCUGUACGGCACCACCACCACGCCGCAGUGCACCUUCGACGUGCUCCCGUUCAGCGCGCCGCGGCGCACGCCCGGCGGCACCGCGCUGAACGCGUACACGCACGGCGCGGCGCUGAUCUACUACACGGGGCCGGCGAGCGCGCCGUACGUGUCGUGGGAGAUGCUGUCGUAUGUGGACGGGCAGGCGACGGUGAAUGCGGGCGCGCAGCAGCUGUUGGACGACAUGCAGAAGGGCGUUGGGGACGUGAUUGGUGAUCUUGUGAAGAGUGGGGAUUGGGGCGUGAGGCAUGAGACGGUGCCGGAUGUGGCGAAUGGCGAGCGGGGUGAGGGCGAUGAGGGGGGCGGGGAGAAUGGGUAUGAGGGGGGAGGGGGAGGGGAGAGGAGGUGGAGCCAGUCACUGGGGGAUAUUGAAGAGGCGGAGGAGGAGGACCACAGAGGUCGAGGGCGGUGA